AUGCAAGUGAUGCUUGCACUGACCUUUAUCGCAGCAGUGGCUGAUGCCGGUAUUAUGGGGCAAUGUCAAUGUGAUGCGUAUAUGAAGUGCGUGGAAACUCAUAAACCCGAGAUGAACUUCAAGGAAUGCAUGAGAACGUGCAAGGGGGUGGUCGGUAACAAGGUGCCCACUGCGUACCCAGUUUGUCUGCAUCAAUUCGAGCAUGUACUUUCAAAUACGAUGAAGUGUGUUCACAAUGGUGUCGGAACCGGGUGUACCAGCAAUGAGAGCAAUGUGCUAAGGAGAAGGAAUUUUACUGUAUUCGAGGAAAUCUUUCAAAAAGAUUUCAAGGAAAUCGUUGAGAAAGUCGGUAAGUCAUUCCUCCCAUUCACCUGGAAAACAUAA